GUUUUCUGUGCCUCACUGUUGGCUUUUUUUGGGCCCCAACGUGGCGCAUAUUGGCGUCGGUGGGGAUCGGUGGGGAUCGGUGGGGACACUAGCCAUCGGAGCUUGCGGAGCAAGCGCGGCGCAAGAACGAGCCCGGGUUGGCUGCCUGGCGGUCAGGUGACUUGGAGACAUUUUCGUGUCGCCUCCACACGCCCACACGCCAGCGGGCCCCUCCCUCUGCGCUGGCCAUCGCAAGCGGUCGUGGUGUGGACAUGUGGCAGUGGCCUGCCAAUUACGCGACUUAGCCCCGUCCGUGCCGCGCCCUACUAAUCUUGUGUCUUCCCAUUCCGCAUGCGUCCCUCGGACAUUGGUCCUGCGUCGGCCGCCACCUAACCUCGCACACGUUUGUCGCCCCGGCUUCAUAAGUGAGCACCACCCCCCGACCUGGACCUGACCUACCCUGCUGGCACUUUGCUCAAACCGUCCCAGCUCGACGCCCUCCUUGACCGGUUGAACGUGUCUUGGUCGCCUCCUCAUCCAACGCUGGUACCCGAUCCCAGCAUUAUCGCAAUCACCUCGAUUAUUUUUGUGCCUUUACAUUUCUCGACAGCGGAAAGGCAGCUCGAUCGCCUCUAGUUGCGUCAUUCAUUAGCCUGCGGCUCGGGCCCAGUUCCCAGUAUUUCCGUCAGCCCAGCCCCUGCUGCGCAGCCUCAUCACGUCAAUCAGCGCAUCAUCGAAUAGCCAUCACACCGUGGCCCAAGCUAGGCUCGGCCCUGCGUAGUUCCUGAGCCGAGAUCCGUGCACGUCUCUGAAUCGCGGAUGCCGUCAAUAGAAUCCAUUCUGUUCCACAGCCAGCUCUUUGAGCAGGUGCGCGCCAUUCUAGAGAUGUCGUCGCCCAAACCCAGCCCCAGCCCUCCGGCUGCCAAUGGCGCCGUCGUCGCGUCUGCGCCCGAGGAGCUGCUCGAUUCGGCCUCGGACGCUUCCCUGUCGCCAGCACUGCGACCGCGGCGCCCCAGGAGAACGCAUAUCUGCCCAGAGCCGGGCUCUCUCUACGACAUCAUGCACUCGUACUCGGGCAACGGUCUCUACGUGCUGCCUAUUUGCUGGACAGAUCUGCACAUCGAGUCACUCGGCGUGCGGUUCAGGGCGCAAUCGCCCAUCCUGUUCCCAGCGCCAGAUCCCGAGCCGUUCCCUGGCAUGACCCCUAUGCCAUCGCCGGAGCCAUCGCCCGCCGCCAAGCAGCUAUGCUCCGAGCUAAGCGUAUUUGUCCAGCCAUCCCACGUCGCCAUUGAGAGGAUUCGCGCCCUGAAGCGCAUCAUGUCCAGCUUCUUCCCGACCAUGCUCUGCAAAGCCAAAACCUCUGUGGACCUGGACCUGCACUUCGGCACCAAGUUCUACCGUAGGGCUGUCAAGAUUCCCCUGGUCUGGAAGCACACCUCCUCCCGUUGUCACUCGUUCGACUCGGCCGCAACGCGUCCAAUGUCGUCGUCUUCUCAGGACUCGGGUUGCAGCGAGCCGGACCUUGACAGCGCUAGCAAAUUCCGCCAAAACGCACCUCUGCUUGCUUACGUAGAUCGCGACCACCUGGCCAACGUGCGCAAGUCUCUCUUCCGCAUCUCUCUCGGUCCCAGGGAUGGCGAUUAUGCCAACAAGCCCGUCGCCAACCUGCAGCGGCUGCGGGCCAAGGCUCUUGUGCCCAGCAACCCAGACUGUGACGCGCAUUUCAUUGCCGUCCUCAUCGCCAUGGCGCAGGCCCGCUUUUAUAGCAAAAAAACGGGCAGGCGAAAGUUCAGGCUAUCACAGCCAUCCCCCUCGGAUCCCUCGAGCAGCUGCGAGUCUAGCUCCGCCGAGCCCGAUGCCUUGAUGAGCGAUGUCGAGGUUCGCCUCUUCACCUUUGACACCGAUGCCAAGGACUUCAUCGUCUACUCCGCUUGGAUCGGAGCAGACUUCCUCGAGGGCUUUGCACAACCAAGCCAGCCUCUGCAUCGGGGCCCCAAGGGCACUUCGUCGAUGCGCGUGUCGUACACCAGGGUUCCUGUCUGGCCUGUUUAUGGCUUAAAGGAACGACUGGGAAAGGCGCUCGGUUCCGAUAUCACGGGCAAGGGGUUUUUGGGAUCGAGCUACGACACCUUCCACACCCCCGAGGAGCUCCCCAUCUACCAGGCCGAGGUGGAGAGGAUUCGGGUCGAUGAGGAGCGCCGUUACCGCGACUACACGGCCUACUGGCGCGAGGAGCAGCACAACAAACUACGCAAGAUGGUGGCUGAAGAGAGCAAGAAGCGGAGUCGGGAGCGAAGUCGAGGCAACAGCGGUGAUGGGUCACGAUCACCCUCAACUUCGCCGUCUAAGCGGCGGCGGGGACGGGGAUUGUCCGAGGUUGAGGUAUGCUGACUUUGAUACCUAUUGCUUGUUCGCUUGAUAUGAUAUCGUCUGGAAGACGAAAUGGAGAAAUUAGGAACUAAACCUUUUUUUUUUUGUACCUUUCUUUUUAGAAGCCGGGGGCCUACGACUUUAUCGCCUUAUCUCCUACUAUUGACGUCCUCGGCCAGGUCUGAGAGCCAAAGGGGAAAUGGCUUGUGGGCGGAAUGAUUUUACGACUGUUUCCCGGAGUUAAUUUGGUAUGCAUACAGUACGGGCCUCAGCGGCAUCGCAGGAACUCAGGCAAGGUUGGGUUGGGUGGUUUGCUUUGGAGCAUCUUUCAGUGUCUGGUUGGCCACUGGUUCUUUUCAGGCACGCUUUUUCUUGUUUGUAUCUCUUAGCAAUGACCCCGGUAAACACGAUGCGAAAGAAGGGUCUUGGCCUGUCCUCGAUUGACACAAUAUCAACCAUGACCAACGCCUAGGCAGUACAUGUGUUGAACAGUCAGCUCACCGAAAGACUAUUGUCUUGUAGCACGAAGACUCUGUCG